CCGGGUGGCGCCGCGGCGGGCGGGGCGAGGUGAGGAGGCGCGGGGCCGCCGCUGCCAUGUCCGCUGCGGGACGCGCUCCCGGGCCCGGCUGCGGAGCCGCCUCUCGGCUUUGAAGGCUGCCGGGGAACGCACGCUCGGGAUCGGUUGAGCGUGAAAAGGCUGAUCCCCCAUGGAAGAGCCACAAGACUUAGCUGAACAACCAGUGAAAAAAGCCAAGAUGCAGGAAUCCAGAGAACAAAGCCUGAGUCAUGUGAGCAGCACAGAAGUCACCGACCAGAAACCUGAAGCUUCAAGCCUUGGUUCAAACCUUCCCUUGUCCAGUGACAUUAUGACAUGCACUGAUUAUAUCCCAAGGUCAUCGAAUGAUUAUACCUCACAGAUGUACUCUGCCAAGCCAUAUGCACACAUCCUGUCUGUACCUGCAUCGGAAACCAUGAGCCCCUACCCUGCUCAGACCCAGUACCAAGCCCUGCAGCAGUCUCAGCCCUACACCAUCUACCCCCAGACCACCCAAACCUAUGGACUACCUCCUUUUGGUGCACUGUGGCCAGGUAUGAAACCUGAAAGUGGUUUAAUUCAGACUCCAUCUGCAAGUCAGCACAGUGUUCUUACCUGCACUACAGGGUUAACCACAAGCCAGCCCAGCCCAGCACAUUAUUCUUAUCCCAUUGAAGCACCAACCACCAAUGCCAGUCCAGCCUCCACAGCUUCAACUGUUGUCAAUAUUUCCACGUCAGCAGUAGCCAGCAUCUCGCAGGAAUAUCCUACCUACACCAUCCUUGGCCAGGGGCAGUACCAGCCGUGCUACCCCAGCUCUGCCUUUGAGGUCCUCCCAGCAGCAGACAGCAGCGCGGAGAGCGCAGCGCUGGCAGCGGCUCCCUACCCCAGCGACAAGCCUGGCACAGUGGUGCCCACCCAGAUGGGGCAGAGACAUUCCUCUGGAGAUGCAUCCACAAGCCCUUCACUGUCAAGAGCAACAGCAAGUAAAGAGUUAGAUGAGCAGGCAAGAAAAAACAUCCCUGGGAAGAACAGGGGGAAGAGGAAAGCAGAUACCUCCUCUUCACAGGACAGUGAGUUGGAGAGAGUGUUCCUGUGGGACCUGGAUGAGACCAUCAUCAUCUUCCACUCACUUCUCACAGGCUCUUAUGCCCAGAAGUAUGGCAAGGAUCCAACUCUGGUGAUUGGCUCAGGUCUGUCGAUGGAGGAGAUGAUUUUUGAACUAGCUGAUACUCAUUUGUUUUUCAAUGACCUGGAGGAGUGUGACCAGGUGCACAUAGAAGAUGUGGCUUCUGAUGACAAUGGCCAGGAUUUAAGCAACUACAACUUCUCCACGGAUGGCUUCAGUGGCUCUGGCAGCAGUGCCAACCACAGCUCCUCGGUGGGCGUGCAGGGGGGAGUGGACUGGAUGAGGAAGCUGGCUUUCCGCUACCGCCGCGUGCGCGAGCUCUACGACAAGCACAAAGCCAACGUGGGAGGCCUCCUUAGCCCACAGAAGAGGGAAGCUCUGCAGCGGCUAAGGACUGAUAUAGAAGUGCUAACAGAUUCCUGGCUGGAAACUGCAUUGAAGUCCCUGCUGCUCAUACAGUCCAGGAGAAACUGUGUGAACAUCCUGAUCACCACCACCCAGCUGGUGCCAGCUCUUGCCAAAGUUCUGCUGUAUGGACUGGGAGAGGUGUUCCCCAUCGAGAACAUCUACAGUGCUACAAAAAUAGGCAAGGAGAGCUGCUUCGAGAGGAUCGUGUCGCGCUUCGGCAAGAAGGUCACCUACGUGGUGAUAGGGGACGGCCGCGACGAGGAGGUGGCGGCCAAGCAGCACAACAUGCCUUUCUGGAGGAUCACCAACCAUGCAGACCUGGUGUCCCUUCACCAAGCCCUUGAGCUGGACUUCCUGUAAGAAGCUGGAGCAGAGGUGUGACUGCAGCUGCUGCCAGCCCUGCCUGCUGCUGGGGAGGCAGAAAUCUCACACGUGUGGGGACUCAACUUUUCAGCUUGAUGAAGAAAACAAACCCAAUGCCAACUGUACAGCAGAAGGUGGCUCCAGGUCAUUUCCUCAGGCCCUGCCAAGUACAGAGGUGUCCUCUAACGUGGCACCAGACUCAGCAAAGCUCGAGUUUGUCUGAAGGAAGAGCGUGGGGAAGCCAGCUGGAUUCCUCUAGCAGGUUGUCUCCAGACAGAGAGGGUGGUACAACAGCAGAAGUAUUUGUAAGAGCCUUCUCCUUUCUAUUCAGCUUAGUUGUAGAACCCAAGGAAACAGAAAUCCUUAUUUUUAUAGAAAAAUUCCUGAUGGCAGAGCUGAACCUCCCUUGUUUUGCAAAGCCAAAAAGAGCUGUGGGGUUUUUAUAGGAAAUACUCCUCAAUAUGUCAGAAAUACCUCUACCACUGUGUCCUCCCUCCUGCCCCAGUGUUCAGAGCAGUUAAUUUAUUACAAUGUCCUUAUGUUGUUUCCUCAGUGUGGGAUUACUGGAAAAUAGAUAAGGGAAUGUUCCUGGGGUCUGUGGUUCCUGGCAGAGGGAAGUGCUGGGAGUUCUGAGUGCUCAGUGUGUGCUCAGGCACUGCUGGCAGGCAGGAGGUGACUGGAUUCCAGCUGUCCAUGACCCAGACCACAGACCCCACAGGUUCUCCCUGGGAGGGAGAGCAAAGCUGGCUGUGGACAGCAGAGCACAGCACUGCUGCAGCGUGCCCAGAUGUGUCCUGACUCCUGCUCUGACCCAGAGAACUAAACCCUCCGGAGUGCCACAGAGAGAGGUGUGGUUGGCAUCAGUCACCUCUGCUUCCCUGGCUGCCUCUGUGAGUAAAUCCCUUGUAGUGGAGCCUCAGUGUCCUUGUCUUUGUCUCUGCCUUGCUGCCUGCACAGCUGGGCACAGCCUGUGAAGGACUUGUUAUUCACAACAGUGACCUGACAGCCAGGGGCUCCCAUCUCCAAAGAACAGCUGGAGCCAGUGCCCUGCAGCACCCCUGCAGCCUGGGGCUGGCAUGGGGCUGGCACAGGUCAGGCUGUGCUGUGGUGUCUGCCUCCUCUCUGCACCCAGUGCCACCAAUCCAGCAGGUGCCUGGUUUUGUGAGGCUCCUGCUGAGCCAGCCCCACAGCUGCACCCAGAGCCCUCCACAUCUCUGCUCUCCAGCCUAGUGUCACUUGUCUGGUGCGCACAGGGGACCAAUCCUGCCACAUCAGGGAGGGCACUGAGCUGCCCAGGCCAUGCCCACAGAGGCAGGGCAUUUGUUUGCUGCAUUCCUUCCAGGGCUGUAGCUCCUGAGGAAUUUCCAUCAGUCCUGGGGAGGUGACAGCCAGCUCAGCACAUCUUUGCUGUACCCCAGGAGUUGCUGUUCCUGGACCAGCUCUGGUCACCAGCUCCGAGGGGUUUGGAUCCCUAGAGCUCAUGGGCUGGAUACAGAGGUCCCUGUGCCACAGGUUCCCAGCUGCAGAGGAGAUUCUCUUUCUCCAGGGUGGUCACAGCAAUCAGGAGUGUUCUGCUCUCCACCAGCUGCUUGCUAGGUGUUGGCAUUGAUCUCAGGUGGGCACUCUGGGUCUGCAUUUCCCCUGCACCUCCCUGCUUCAGGAGCUGCUGGCUGUAGAAGCUGCUGCCCAGGAGC